AUGGCUUCAUUUUUAUCUGAUUCUACAGAAAUUACAGCCUUUAAAAAUUUAACUAGAAGACCUCCAAAAGAGCCAAAAAAUUUAGAAGACUAUUUGGCUACAGAAUAUAUAAAAGUUGACUUUGAAGUUAAACAAAAAUUUCUUCAUAUAGUAGCUACAAGAAAUUAUACAAAAGAAAGUGAUGUUGAAAAGAAUACUGAAGAGGAUUUUUUAAUAUUUAAAAAGGCUCGUAUUAAUGAAUCUCAAGAACUUAAUAAUCAGUUAGAAAAUUUUACAAACCUAACUGAAAAAAAACAAGAAUAUGACAGA